UUCAUAACCCGCAGAAUCUUGUGCUUCCGAAGCACCCAGAGAGCCCAUCGCCGAUUCAGCACCGUAUCAAUCAUGGAGGAACGAAACUACAGUGCUGCUGUUGCAGCACUGAAUACACUGCAGUCGAAUUUCUCCGUCGUAGACGCGAUCCGGAAGUCGGGCAAGAAAAUGAAUGAGCAAGCCAUCCCCGAAAUGAUUGAGUGGUGUCGGAGGAUUGGAUACAAGGUAUCCGAUCUGGACAAAUUGAACAUCAUCCAUAUUGCCGGAACGAAGGGGAAGGGAUCUACCAGUGCCUUCAUUUCUUCCAUUCUCUCCCAAUACCUCCCUUCGCCGCAGCAGCAGAACCCAAAGCUACACAAAGUCGGCCUCUACACGUCACCACACCUCCGCUUUGUGCGAGAGCGAAUACGGAUAAACAACGAGCCCAUUUCGGAGGAGUUAUUCACGAAGUACUUUUUCGAGGUCUGGGAUAGACUGGACAAGACUUCUGAGGACCCCUCUCACACAGGCGCCGAGAAACCGGUGUACUUCCGCUAUUUGACGCUCAUGGCACUGCAUGCGUACCUGGAGGAGUCAGUGGACUCAGCAGUCAUAGAGUGCGGUAUAGGCGGCGAAUACGACAGCACAAACAUCAUUUCGAGUCCCACUGUCACGGCCCUAACGAGUUUAGGUAUAGAUCACGUCGCUAUGCUAGGCUCAACGUUGCCGGAGAUCGCAUGGCACAAGGCUGGAAUAUUCAAGCCCGGUAGCAUCGCCUUCACGGUGCCACAAAACGAGGAAGCAUUGAAAGUACUCAAGGACCGUGCAGCUGAGCGACAGGCUUCGUUGAUGGUUGUGGAGCGACAUCCUGACCUUGAGCUGAACAAAAUCAAGCUCGGGCUUGCUGCUGACUUCCAGAAAACAAAUGCUAGUCUGGCUAUUGCCGUAGCAGCAGCGCAUUUAAGAGCUCUAGGACACAGCGAUGUUCCUGAUCCAGUAACCACACCACACAUUACACUGCCAGCGGAAUUCAUUCGCGGUCUCGAGCAAGUCAAUUGGCCCGGACGCUGCGAGGUCCGCCACGAUGCUCCUGGUAAUAUAGCAUGGCACAUCGACGGAGGCCACACGCUUGACAGCAUUGAGAUGUCUGGCCGUUGGUUCGCGGAGCAGAUCUCAGCUUCUCCAAUCCCAUCUACCAACGAAGGAGGCUCACGGAAACCCCGAAUUCUGAUAUUCAACCAGCAAACGCGCGAUGCGAGUGCUCUAGCGCGUGCUCUUUAUACUACUCUGCAGAGCUCUUUAUCUACAUCAACCUCUCCAUUUACGCAUGCCAUCUUCACUACCAAUCAGACCUUCAACGAAGGGUUCAAGCCUGAUCUCGUGUCGAUCAAUACCAAUAAAGCCGACGUAGAUACCUUGGCUGUGCAGCGCGCGUUAGCAACAACCUGGAGCGAGAUUGAUCCCAGUGCCGAGGUCAGCGUCGUGAAGACGAUUGAAGAGGCUGUUGCAAAGUCGAGAAAGAUUGCUGCAUCGUGGGAGAGAAGUGAGGUUAUGGUGUUGAUCGCAGGCAGCUUGCACCUCGUUGGCGGUGCCCUUGAUGUGCUAGAAAGCUGAGUGGAAAUGGCUGCCAUGUUGCUAGAAUAGCUGCAGAACUUAGAUACCCAGGAGAUUUCAACAAUCUAACACGAUU